AUGGGGGCUUAUUGAUCUGUAGCCCCCAUCCCCCGGUAUGCAGACAACUCCGGAGCGGUUCUUGUUGUUGAUUCAGAUCUACUGGACAAUAGAGGCUCACCCCACGGGGUCUUCGGUCCAGGAGAUGUUGGAAGCCUGGCAAGGAUACCAAGAGGCCUGCAUUCGAAAGAUGACCGAAGACCCUCAACCAACAGGCCUGGUGUGCAACCGUACGUUUGAUAUGUACGCCUGUUGGGACGAUGCCCUCCCUAAUACAUCGGCUCGGGUUCCUUGCCCCUGGUACCUCCCUUGGCACCAGCAAGUGCAAGAUGGAUUUGUCUUCCAGAAAUGUGGCACAGAUGGGCAGUGGGUGGUUGAUGCCUCCGGACUGCCGUGGCGGGAUCAUUCCCAGUGCGUGGGCCCCAACAACGAUCUCCCUUUCCAGAGGCAUUUGUGGAUCCUGGAACAAUUCCGCCGGAUGUACACCGUGGGAUAUUCCGUCUCGCUCGUGUCGCUCCUCGUGGCUUUGACGCUGCUGGCAGCAUUCAGGAAGCUUCGAUGCAUGCGCAAUUACCUCCACAUGAACCUGUUCCUGUCCUACGUGCUGCGGGCAGCCGCCAUCCUUCUCCGAGAUGCUCUCCUCUGGCUCCACUUCCCCCGGGACCUCCAGGUGGAUCUCUCGGACCUUCCAAGCAGGGAACAGGCUGUAACUGGCUGUCGGCUGGCACAAAUCCUAACCCAGUAUUGUGUCUGCGCAAACUACUUUUGGCUACUGGUAGAAGGCAUCUACCUGCACAACCUUCUAGGACCCAUGGCCUUCUUGGAAGAAAGUUACUUCCCUGCCUAUCUAUUCCUCGGAUGGGGGGCACCCCUCUUCUUCGUCAUCCCGUGGGGGAUCAUGAGAUACCUCUACGAAAACAACGAGUGCUGGGAGAGAAAUGACAAUUUGGGUUACUGGUGGAUCAUCCGUUGCCCAAUCUUGGUAUCGAUUUUGGUUAACUUUGUGAUUUUCAUCCGGGUUCUUAAGGUCCUGAACUCCAAGCUUCGGGCCCAGCAAAUGCAUUACACGGAUUAUAAAUAUAGGUUGGCCAAGUCGACUCUAACCCUCAUCCCUCUGCUGGGCACCCACGGGGUGGCCUUCGCCCUGGUGACGGAGGAGCAGGCGCUGGGCACCCUGCGCUACAUCAAAUUCUUCUUUGAGCUCUUCUUCAACUCCUUCCAGGGUUUGUUGGUGAGCACGCUUUACUGCUUUGUCAAUAAAGAGGUCCAGUCUGAGAUCCAGAGAAAGUGGCAGAUGUGCCAGUUGGACAUCAGCCUGCUUAAGAGAAAGGGACGCUGUUUCAGUCUCUGCCAUUCUUGGUGCAACCAAAAACCCCCAACCAGGAAGCCCAGCUGCGCUCAGAUUUACAUCCAAGUAGGACCCAAAGUUGCUCCAAGUGACUUGGACAAUGGGACGGGCGCCCCGUUCCAGCAGGUGCCCGCAAACUACAACUCCCACUGGUACAUCCCCAUCAGGAUGAAAGCGGAGAAUGAAUUAGCACAGCGACCGCAUCUUCAAGACCAGGGCUGAGAUCAGCUCCCUUCCAGAUGUGGGGAAAAGCUGCCAGCCAUACCAUAGAUGAAGGGAUCUUAAGACAGACAGGAAGCCGAUGCAACUGUCACCAUCUGGAGGAACAACGAACAAAAUUGUCCCUUGCCUGCAGACAGAAAAAAGUCACCUCCGGGCGACUCCCAUGAAAACUUUGGAAACUACGAGAGGGUGGAUUUUGCUUUGCCUUUUUGGUGGGUUACUAAGGAAGCAGGCAAGAUUUACACGGAGCUGAUGUGACACACACAAUCUGGAACAAUUCACGUGUCAGAACUUUUGCGAUCUUGAGAUCUCACGAUGACUUCAUGCAGAGUCCAUAUUUUUUUGGGCAACAGCAUAGAAAUGAUUUUCCACUGCGCUGUUGUGAGAUUUCAUUGUCCCUCUGGACUGAAAUCGUAAUCCAGGAUGGGGCAGAUCUGAAUUACAGAGGAUCUUGGAUCUGCUAAUGUCAAAAUCCUUCUGGAUUAAAACUGCUGAGAUCAAGAGGAGUUACGGGAAUUAUUUUGUUGACCUCCACUUGUGCAGAUUUAUUCUGUGGUGCCCCCUCCCCCUUGGGCUGAUGCAAUCUACUAAAAUAAGAUAUAAUGCAACCUUCGGAUUUCUGGAUACUGGAAUAUAUUGACGGAAUCCUUGAAUUAAUUAUAAAACCAAUGGACAAUUUUUCAUUGGGAUUUCCAGUCUCCACGAAGAGAUAAGAAGUUAA